UCCUCCUGCAUGCUUCCCCACAACACACACGUCAAAAAGGCCAUGACUAAUAGUCUAAUACAUGAACUUGCGUCAUCUCAUCUGCUGUGUUGGAUAAUACUUCCUACUUUCCACCUACGCUACGAAUUUGUUUCUGCCCCGUUCCAAUCCAAACCAUGGAAUUCAAUCCUCAAGAAAAGCAAUGGCACCUCUUUAAGUUCAAGGUCCAGUUCUUCUCCGUCGUUCCAUUUCUGUGCAUUCACCUUUCUUCUUCAGCUGUUUUAGCUCCCAUUCUCCAGGAUCCUUCCACUCGGCUUCAGUUUCUGUCACUUUACUUGAGAACCCCUUACCAGCAGCCCACAAAACUACUCGUUGACCUCACUGCCCCUUUCAGCUGGGUGGAAUGCACCUGCAGCAACCGCUCUUCCUGCACGUACCGCUACCACCCGCUUCCCUGCGCUUCUCCUCUUUGCAACUGGCUCAAUUCACCCGCUUGUUCAAACUGCUCUUCUGAACCCACCGAUCCCAUUUGCUCCGACGGCUUGUGCCAUCUCUUCUUCGCAAGACCAAGGAACCGGAAAAGAGUGAGGGUGCAGGCACUAGCUGACUCCCUGGCACUACCCGUCACCAACGGUCGCAACCCGGGUCAGCUCGAGGUCGUCCCCGAAUUUGUAUUCUCAUGUUCUGAGAGGUCAUUACUCAAAGGCCAUGUCCCCAGAGGUGUCACCGGCUUGGCAGCCCUUGGCCAGUCCAAAUUGUCGCUGCCGGCCCAAGUUAGCAAUUCUCUAUCUUCCCCAAAUGUUUUUGCUCUGUGCCCGUCGGAUUCACCGUCGGCUCCGGGAGUGGCUUUUUUCGGUACUAGAGGGCCAUAUUUCUUUCUGCCCGAGAUUGACCUCUCAAAACAUCUGAAUUACACUCCACUCCUUAUCUCAACCGACGAAGACGAAGCAUACCUCAUCGGCUUGACUUCCAUAAGAGUCAACGGCAGAGUCGCCGUGAAACUAAACCGGAGCGUCCUGACCGUCGAUGAGAAUGGUUUUGGUGGGACCACGCUCAGCCUGUCAACUCCAUACACCGUAUUAGAGUCUUCAAUCUACGCGAGUUUAGUUGAGGCGUUCGUGAACGAAUCUGCAGCUGCCGCCUUCAAGCUCACCGCAACGCAGCCCGUGAGUCCAUUUAGCGUGUGUUAUGAUGCGGGGGAUGUUCUGGUAACGAGCGCUGGACCGGCAGUACCGACCAUUGAUCUGGUGAUGCAGUCUAAUGACGUAGUUUGGAGAAUAUUGGGAUCAAAUUCGAUGGUUAGGAUGGCGAGGGAGGGAGUAGAUGUGUGGUGCUUGGCUUUAUUGGACGGUGGGGCCAAGCCUCCGGCGACGAUUGUCAUCGGGGGGCAUCAGACGGUGGACAAUCUACUACAGUUUGACCUGGAUUCUCAGCAGCUAGGAUUUAGCUCUUCGGUGUUGGUACACGAUACCAUGUGCGCCAACUUCAACUUCACGGUUAACACUUAACAGCAGCAUAUCCCUUAACUUAUUAGAAAUACAAGAAUGAAUAAUAUAUGCUACUCCAGUCCACUAUUAAGUCUUAUCGUUGAAUCGGUAAAAGAUUUGGAUUACGUAAUUAGAAAAGUUGGAAGCCUUUAAUGUACGACUGCCGCUUUAAUUUCAUCGAUGAGGUUUACU